AACCACCAAAAGAGUCAUAGAAAACCUCUCAAGACACUAAUUGAUCAAUAUUUGUCAAUAUCACCAUACAAGGAAAUAUUUUUUCAAUAAAUCAUUCCAUCAUCCGAUAUUGAUGAAAAUAUAGUUUCUUCAUCGGCUCAUUCCUUUCAAUAGUCCAGGGUCGGUCCAUCACAGCGGUAACUAAACUGGUAAGCCGAAUAGCUAGUACGCAUCAGUCAACAUGGCAAAAAAGCAAGCUGCUGGGGAGAAUAGCAGAAAGGCAGCAGGAAACGCCAAGAAAGCUGAAGUCGCCGCGGCGAAAGCGGCAGUUGAGAACAAUAAAAAGGCUCAAGUAGAGGCCGAGGAAUGGAGUAAGGGAGCAAAGAGCAAUUCAAAGGCGUGAGUCCGAAUGGCUGAUUUCAUCUUAAGCUACCCUGCACAUCACCCGACCAAUGUGCUAACGUAGGAUUGAACGAUAGUGAAACUGCAGCUGCCAAAAAAGCAGAAGCAGAUCGGAAAAAAGCAGAAAAGGAAGCUUUGUUGAAGGCUGAGGAAGCUGAUGCUCCUUCUGGUCCGAAGAAUUCGAAGAAAGCCGAAAAGAAGCCUGCCGUUAAAAGGGGUCUCGACCUAUCACAACUUGACGAUUCCCCUACUAGUGCUAGCCCAACGUCUGCUUUGAAUGCUUCCGGUAUCGAUAACGCGUUGGAUGCAUUGGCAUUGACAUCAAACACGAAGGAAAAGGUUGACAGACAUCCAGAAAGGAGGUUUAAGGCUGCUUAUGCGGAAUUCGAAGAAAGGAGGUUGGCCGAAAUGGAUCAGGAUGGUAGCGGAGCGGGACUAAGGAAGAACCAAAGGCAAGAGAGGAUCAGGAAAGAGUUUGAGAAGAGUCCUUUGAAUCCUUUUAACCAGGUCACCGGAAACUAUGAUUCAACAAAGGACGAGUUGGAAGAGAUUAGGCAGGGCGUUAAAGCCAAUGCCGAGUCAAGGCUAGCAGGCAACUAGCUAGUUCUAAGCUUGUGGUUGUCAUGUGUGCGGCGACUUGCUAGCCAAAACUAUCGUGGGUUUGGGCUUUUUGGCGAUUAAAACGAUACCAGCAAUGCAGGCAAGCACCCAGUAAUGGUAGAGAGAGAAUGAAUGAUAUCCAUGAUUACAUGCAAAUUCACUCGUGCGACUAACCGUAUU